GACAAACUGACUUUAAAAUUUCUAUAGAAAUUCAAAGGACCUAGGAAAAACUAACUUUGUAAAAGAACAUUGUUAAAGGACUAAUACAGCCUAAUUUCUAGAUUUAUUAUAAAGCUAAAGUAACCAACAGAAUGUGAAAUUUGUGUGAGAGAAAAAUCAAUGGAAGAGAAAAGAGUGUCCAGAAAUUGACCUUCAAAAAAUAUACACAACUGAUAUUCUACCAAUUUCCAAAUGUAAUUCAGUGGAGAAAAUUUAGUCUUUACAAAAAUAGUUCUAAAAUUAUCAGAUAUAUGUAAGCAAUAGGUACAUUUUUAAAUAAAAACUUUGAUCUAUAUCUUGUGCUGUUUACAAAAAUUAAAACCUUGACCUUUGGAUAGGCCAAGUUUUCAUAGAUACAUCAAAAGAAGCACAAUCCAUAAAAGAACAAACUGAUAAAUUGGACUUCAUCAAAUUAAAAAACUUCUCUUUGACACUGUUAAGACAAUGAAAGGGAAAAGCCAAGGAUGAAGUGAAAAAUUUGCAAAUCAUAUAUCCGAUAACCUAUUUACAUCUAGAACACAGCAAGUAUUCUCAAAACUAAAUAUGAUAUCCAGAAACACAAUUUAAAAAUGGGGAAAAAAUCCACAGAAACUUCAACCAAGGACAGAUAAGGAUGGCAAAUAAGCAAAUAUAGAGAUGUUCAAUAUCAGUAGUCAUUAGGAAACGCAAAUGAAACCCAGAAUGAGAUUCCACUACACACCUGUUAGAAUCUGGGCUGCGCAGGUGGCGUCAGCGCUGCUCCGCCUCCAGGAAGGAACCUGGGCUGCGCGUGGCUGGCGGUCUCCUAGCGACUAGAGCGGCAGGGAUCAGGAACCUCAGAAGCUGGAGACGUGGCACCCCAGCGAGGGCCACCAUGGGGGACCAGAGGCUGCAGGACUGGCUGAGGUCCCCGGGCAUGGACUCCAAGCCCUCGUACUGUAACAAACGGCCUUCCAAGUGCUUCGCGAAGUGCAAGCACAGGCGCCUGAGGUUCCCACCCAUGGACACCCAGAACUGGGUAUUUGUGAAGGAGGGCAUGGACGACUUCCGCUAUGGCUGUCCGUCUCCCGAAGAUACGCUCGUUUGUCGCCGUGACGAGUUUUUACUACCCAAAAUAUCUCUCAGAGGUCCCCAAGCUGACCCCAAAAGCAGGAAGAAAAAGCUGCUCAAGAAAGCGGCCCUAUUUUCCAAGCUCUCUCCAGCCCAGCUAGCACGGAAGGCGUUCGUAGAGCAAGUGGAAGCCCAGCUAAUGGCCAAGCAUCCCUUGGCCAUGUACCCCAAUCUGGGAGAAGAUAUGCCUCCAGAUCUCCUACUACAGGUGCUGAAACACCUGGAUCCUGAGAGGGAGCUGGAGGACGCUUGGGCUUGUUGUGAGACCCAGGAGAAGACAACAGAGGUACCCACUGAGCCUGGUAAAUAUCCCUGUGGGGAAUUCUGCCUGAAGCCUCCCGAGACUCCGGUGUCCCAUCUCCUCCCAGAGCCUCCCGAGACUGGAGUGUCCCAUCUAAGCCCGGAGCCUCCCAAGACUCCGGUGUCCAGUCUCCGCCCGGAGCCUCCUGAGACUGAAGUGUCCCAUCUCCGCCCGGAGCCUCCAGAGACUGGAGUGUCCCAUUUCCGCCCGGGGCCUCCCAUCACUCGUCGGAGAUCCAGUCUCCUACGACAGCUGCUGAAACUGGAUUCUGAGAGGAAGCUGGAAGACGCACGGGCUCCUUGUGAGGGCCAGGAGAAGACAACCGACGAACCCACAGAGCCUGGUAAAUACCCUUGUGGGAAAUUCUGUCCUCGGCCUUUCGAGACUCCACUGUCCCAUCUCCGCCAGGAGCCUCCCAAGACUCCGGUGUCCAGUCUCCGCCCAGAGCCUCCGGAGACUGGAGAGUCCCAUCUCCGCCUAGAGCAUUCCAAGACUCGUCGGGGGUCCAGUCUCCGCUCGGAGCCUUCCGAGACUGGAGUGUCCCGUCUCCGCCUAGCGCCUCCCAAGACUCGUCGGGGGUCCAGUCUCUACUCGGAGCCUUCCAAGACUGGAGUGUCCCAUCUCAGCCCGGAGCCUCCCAAGACUGAAGUGUCUCAUCUCCACCCAGUGCCUCCCAAGACUGGAGUGUGCCAUCUCCGCCUGGAACCUCCUGACACUAGUCAGGUGUCCAAUCUCCUACUAUACAUACUGAAAGUGCUGGAUUCUGGGAGGACGCUGAAGGACGUAUGGGAUCGUUGUGAGGCCCGGGUGAAGAAAACUAAGGAACCCACCGAGCCUGAUAAACCCCCUUGUGGGGAACCCUGCCUGCAGCCUCCCGAGACUCAGGUGUCCCAUCCCCACCCGGAACAUCCCAAGACACGUCGGAGGUCCAGUCUCCACUCGCAGCCUCCCAAGACUCGUCGGACGUCCAGUCUUCGCUCGGAGCCUCCCAAGACUCGUCGGACGUCCAGUCUCCGCUCGGAGCCUCCCAAGACUCGUCGAGUGUCCAGUCUCCGCCCGGAGCUUCCCAAGAGUCGUCGGGUGUCCAGUCUCCGCCCGGAGCCUCCCAAAGCUCCAGAGUCCCAUCAAUUCUCGGAGCCUCCCAAGAUUCAAGCAUCCUACAUAAAAGAACUGCUUCAGGAAGAUACACCAAGCACAAAAGAGUGCGUUUCUGACUCUCUUCAAUAUAGAUACACAUCGGAAAAACUCCGUGAAUUCUUCAAGUGGGCUGGAGACCUGGGAGCUGAUGAAGAAUCCAUCAGGAAUCUGUUUGACUUUACCCCCAAGUACAGAGCAACCCAUGAGGACCAAAAGUUUAAGAAGGUAAAGGAGUGUUCCUCAGAGCUGAAGUACAGCAUGGAGCUAGAUGAAAAGGAUGAGGACAAAUUCUUCUCACAGGAAAAAUACUGGGGCAGGAAAUUCCACACGCCAUCGAAUUCUUAUACCGCACAGCGUGUGAAGAUGAAGUAUGGAGCAUGGUACCUCAAGCCUAAGUUGUGGAAAAAGCUAAGAAGUGAUGAACCUUUGAUUGACCCCAAGCUCUUACUUAAAAAGCCUGAUGAACCUGACGUUCUUGACGAUCUUUAUGGACCAAUUGCCUUUAAGGAUUUCAUUCUAAGCAAGGGCUAUGAAAUGCCUGGCAUCAUUCAAAGGCUGUUUGCCAGGAGGGGAUGGACUUAUGACUCUGUUAAGACUCCUAUUCAACGUGCAAUGAUAUUUUACAAGUACAAAGAAAUCGUAGAGGCAUCGGAAGAAGAUUAGGCAGUUUUCAAUUUACUACUCAAUUGGGUAUUUCUUGCUCUCAUUUUAAUCAUCAAUCAUAAUUUAUGAUGACUGGCCCCGUGGAUGUACAACUUUGGCAACAUCUGUAAAUUCAAUACCUAAUGUUUAUCAAUAUUUCUUAAUGACC